AUGAAGAUAAGGGUUAUCGUUCUCUUCCUCUACUACUGUUAUUACAUUGGUUCUACCUCCUCUGUUUCAGCUUCCACCGGCAAUGGCAAAGACCUCUCUGUUCUGCUCUCGGUUAAAUCAACUCUUAUCGAUCCCCUCAACUUUCUCAAAGACUGGAAGCUCCCAGGAAAUAGCGACCAUUGUAGCUGGACCGGUGUUCAGUGCAACUCCCACGGCAAUGUUGAGAAGCUUGACCUGUCGGGAAUGAAUCUCACGGGUAAAAUCUCUGAUUCCAUCAAACAGCUAACAAGCCUCGUCUCUUUCAACGUCUCAUGCAACGGAUUUGAAUCUCUGCUUCCGACAUCGCUCCCUUCGUUGGAAUCUAUAGACAUAAGCCAGAAUGAAUUCUCCGGGAAUCUUUUCGUGUUCGGCAACGAAUCACUUGGACUCGUUCAUCUAAAUGUUUCAGGGAACAAUCUCUCUGGAAACUUAACUGAAGAUCUCGGGAACUUGGUCUCUUUAGAAGUUCUUGAUCUCCGUGGGAAUUUCUUUCAAGGGUCACUUCCACGUUCGUUCAAGAAUCUGCAGAAGCUGAGAUUUUUCGGAUUAUCUGCGAAUAAUCUCACGGGCGAGUUACCUAGAGUUCUCGGCGAGCUCUCUUCACUUGAAACAGCCAUUCUUGGUUACAACGAGUUCAAAGGUCCGAUUCCACCGGAGUUUGGGAACAUGAGCAGCCUCAAGUAUCUUGAUCUAGCCACCGGAGAUCUCAGUGGUCCACUUCCCUCUGAGCUCGGGAAGCUAAAGUCACUCGAGACGCUUCUCUUGUACCAAAACCACUUCACCGGUAAAAUACCGCCAGAGAUCGGUAACAUUACCACUCUCAAGUUUCUCGAUAUCUCACAGAACGCGUUAUCCGGCGAGAUUCCAGUGGAGAUAACAAAGCUGAAGAACCUUCAGCUACUGAACCUGAUGGGCAACAAACUCUCUGGCUCUGUUCCUGCGGAGAUCAGCAAUCUGGCGGAGCUACACACCCUCGAGCUCUGGAACAACACGCUCUCCGGCGAGCUACCAAGCGAUCUCGGGAAGAAUUCUCCCUUAGAGUGGCUUGACGUUUCCACAAACUCCUUCUCCGGCGAGAUCCCUUCCACAUUGUGCAGCAAGGGGAACCUAACCAAGCUCAUUCUCUUCAACAACAUCUUCUCCGGUCCAAUUCCGACAACUCUAUCCACUUGCCAGUCUCUAGUUCGAGUCAGAAUGCAGAACAAUCUCCUCAACGGUUCCAUCCCCAUCGGCUUCGGCAAGCUUGAGAAGCUACAAAGGCUCGAACUUGCCAGCAACCGUCUCACCGGAGGGAUCCCCGGAGACAUAUCGGACUCACUCUCCCUUUCAUUCAUCGAUCUCUCCAGAAACAAGCUCACCUCCUCCCUCCCUUCCACCAUCCUCUCCAUCCACAACCUCCAAGCCUUCUUGAUCUCCGAUAACGACCUCUCCGGCGAAGUACCAGACCAGUUUCAAGACUGUCCUUCACUCUCAAACCUCGACCUCUCAUCAAACACUCUCACAGGCACCAUCCCCUCCAGCAUCGCCUCAUGCGAGAAGCUAGUAACCAUCAACCUAAGAAACAACCAACUAACCGGAGAAAUCCCUAGACAGGUCACAACAAUGUCCGCAUUAGCCGUGCUUGACCUUUCCAACAACUCCUUAACCGGGAAACUACCUGAGAGCAUCGGAACAUCCCCAGCGCUUGAACUCCUCAACGUCUCCUACAACAAACUCACAGGCCCAGUCCCUACCAACGGCUUCCUCAGAACCAUAAACCCAGACGAUCUCAGAGGCAACUCAGGUCUCUGCGGCGGCGUUCUCCCGCCUUGUAGCAGCUCCCAAAACGGAACGUCGCGCCACAGGAGUCUCCACGGGAAACGAAUCGUCGUCGGCUGGUUGAUCGGGAUCGCGUCGGCUCUACUCCUGGGGAUUCUCGUCAUCGUCGCGAGGACUCUCUACAAGAGAUGGUACUCCAACGGAUUCUUCGAGACGGCGAGCAAAGGCGAAUGGCCGUGGAGGCUCAUGGCGUUUCAUCGCCUAGGGUUCACAGCCUCAGAGAUCCUCGCGUGCAUCAAGGAAUCGAACAUGAUCGGGAUGGGAGCGACGGGGAUCGUCUACAAAGCGGAGAUGCCGCGAUCGACGACGGUCCUCGCCGUGAAGAAGCUAUGGAGAUCCGCCGCGGAUAUCGAGGACGGAACCACCGGAGAUUUCGUCGGCGAAGUGAACCUCUUAGGGAAGCUACGUCACAGGAACAUCGUCAGGCUCCUCGGAUUCUUGUACAACGACAAAAACAUGAUGAUCGUAUACGAGUUCAUGCUCAACGGCAACCUCGGCGACGCGAUCCACGGGAAAAACGCCGCCGGGAGGCUCUUGGUGGACUGGGUGUCGCGUUUCAACAUCGCGCUCGGCGUAGCUCACGGCCUCGCUUACCUCCACCACGAUUGUCAUCCUCCCGUGAUCCACAGAGACAUCAAAUCGAACAACAUCUUGCUCGACGCGAAUCUCGACGCCAGAAUCGCCGACUUCGGCUUGGCCAGGAUGAUGGCGAGGAAGAAAGAAACCGUUUCGAUGGUCGCCGGUUCUUACGGUUACAUCGCUCCCGAGUAUGGAUACACACUGCAGGUGGACGAGAAGAUAGACAUUUAUAGCUACGGCGUCGUUUUACUUGAGCUGUUAACCGGAAGAAGACCGUUGGACCCGGAGUUUGGAGAGUCUGUAGAUAUUGUGGGGUGGGUGAGGAAGAAGAUAAGAGACAACAUAUCUUUGGAAGAAGCAUUGGAUCCUAACGUUGGGAACUGCAGAUAUGUUCAAGAAGAGAUGCUUUUAGUGCUACAGAUAGCUCUUCUCUGCACCACGAAGCUCCCUAAAGACAGACCUUCGAUGAGAGACGUGAUAUCGAUGCUCGGGGAAGCUAAACCGAGGAGGAAAAGCAAUAGUAAUGAGGAAAACACUAGCCGUAGUGGCUUGGCCGAGAAACAGCCAUCGGUGUUUAGUGCUUCACCUGUAAAUGACCUUCUUUAGGGCGUGAUGGAAGAAGAAGAGGAGACAAGAAAGUGGCUUAAACUGAUGUGUAUGUAGAAGAGGGAGAGAGAGAGAUAUUUGAUCCUUAUGAUUUGCCGUUUUACAUGUAGAAUAACUUUGCUCUCUUUACAGAUAUUUAUUAACUUGUGCAUUGCUCUGAAA